AUGGCGUCAACCAGCCGCCUCGCCGCUCUCGCAAAGCAGAUUGGGACACAGACUACCAAGCUCGACAAGUUCUUCGCAGAGAGCAAGUUGGCUCCGCCUUCCUUCGAAGAGGAUGCCCCAUUGAUGUACCCGUUUCCCCCGGACGUCGCAGAAGCUCAAGAAGCCUUGUCCGCAGCCUUGGACGAGCUAUGGUGGCUCAAUCAGGGCCCAAUUCAAACCAUUGUCGCUAAGUCGUUCGCCACGUCCGUCGGCCUGAAGACCAUUCUCAGAUACAACAUCCAAAAUCUCGUCCCCUUUGAGACGGGAACCACCUACAAGGACCUUUCCGAGAAGACUGGUGUCCCGGAGAAGAAGCUCACGCGCCUGUUGAGACAUGGCAUUACAGAUCACUUCUUCCGCGAGACGCAGCCGGGUCACAUAAAGCAUACGGUUGCGACCAAAGCGCUUGCUGUAAUGCCCGUUCUCGGCACGUGGGCCACGAUGGGAAUGUACGAUGUCGGGCCGGCCAAGAUGCGUAUGGUUGAUGCGGUCGCCAAAUGGCCAGAAUCCGAGGAGCCAAACCACUCGGGUUUCCAACUCGCCAACGACACCGAAAAGACCAUGUUCGAUUUCUUCGAGGAGCACCCCGAGCGCAUGAGCCGCUUCAAAGACGCCAUGAGCUUCCUUCAAACCUUCCCCGGCCUGGAGCCCUCGUACGCCGUCAAGGCCUACGACUGGGCCUCGUUGGGCAAAGCCACCGUGGUCGACGUCGGUGGCUCGCACGGCAACGUGUCCAUCGCGCUUGCGAAGGAAUUCCCAGACCUGAAAUUCAUCGUCCAGGACCUCCCCAAGGUAGUCGAAGACGCGAAGACCAAAGCCCCCGCCGAUCUCUCCGACCGCGUGACCUUCCAGGCGCACGACUUCUUCAAAGAGCAGCCUGUCAAAGAUGCAGACGUUUACUACUUCCGCUGGAUCCUGCACGACUGGUCCGACAAAUACUGUGUUAAGAUCCUUCAGGCGCUGAUUCCCGCGUUGAAGCCGGGUGCGCGCCUUCUCUUUAGCGAGAGGUGCCUCGAGCCGCCUUGCACACUGCCCCUCCGCGCGGAGAGGUGGAACAGGGACUCGGACAUCACCAUGCUCGCGACGUCCAACUCGCAGGAGCGCGACGAGGACGACUGGAAGGCCCUGUUGAAGGCCGCAGACUCCAACUUCACCCUCGAGGAGGUAAGGAGGACGCCGGGCGCGAAGCUGGAUAUGAUUGUCGCCAAGUGGAAAUGA